GAAAGCAUACCAAACAAUAUGGAAGAGUUGUCAGGGGUUAUGAUAGUGUUGAUAAUAGGCGGCGGUGUUCUGGGUGUAACAAUAUGCUUCAUUUUCGCAAAACGGCAGAUCGUACGAUUUACGCUUAGGCAACGACGCGGACCCCAUGUCGCAGUUGGACACGACGCCAAAAAGUCCAUCAAACGGGAGAUAGAGCGUCGGCUUGACUGCAUACAAAAAAUAUACUACGAACCGAAGCUCAUCUGGGAUAAUACACAGAAGGACGAUGAAAAAUACAUCUUAAAACCGGAUAGCACUUUACCGCCAUACUAUUGGCGCAUGAAGGCAGUGGAUGACGUGAAAGAUCUUGAGCGGGAAAUAGCCAAACAAGACGGUGCCACAAGACAUCCCAGAGACAGCAUGCGAGCGUUUCUCCUAACCACUUUGGCGGGUCCUCUAAACGGCUCAGGCCAGCGACUAAUUCAUCAGUUCUGUGAUAUGUACGAACAUGCUCGACAUGAUCCUAAUGAGUUUGGCGAGGAAGAAUAUCACUCUUACCAACGAUUGCUUAAAAAAUUGUUUGAAGCCACAAAAAUGUUAAAAUCAUACUCCAGCAGCCGAAAAUCUUCACCAAACCGAACUCCGGUGAAAAAACACUCCAAAAUGCAAUCACUGCUCGAUCCUGCCAGAUUACGCCCUCCACCAGUAACGCUUACUGCAGGAAAUGCGGGUGAAACUAUAAUUUCCAACACCCGCAUGAAUCUUUCACUAGCGGUGCAAUUGCAACAGCAACAAGAACAACAAUUUCAACAGCCCGAUCUUGAGGAAAACGAAAUUCUCAGCAUCUCACAAUACCAUGGGGAAACAGAAACAUUUACUAUACGCAGGUCUUUCAAAAAUUGA